UUCCUCCGGUAAAGUUGGCUCCCGCCAUAGCCGCCGCCGCCUUGGAUCCCUCGGCUUACUGCGAGACUCCGGUGUACAAUCCGGAUCUCUGCCCCAACAUGAUCGCCGCCCAGGCCAAGCUGGUGUACCACCUGAACAAGUACUACAACGAGAAGUGCCAGGCCAGGAAGGUGGCCAUCGCCAAGACCAUCCGCGAGGUGUGCAAGGUGGUCUCCGACGUGCUGAAGGAGGUGGAGGUGCAGGAGCCGCGCUUCAUCAGCUCCCUCAACGAGAUGGAGAACCGCUUCGAGGGCCUGGAGGUCAUCUCCCCCAGCGAGUUCGAGGUGGUCCUCUACCUCAACCAGAUGGGGGUCUUCAACUUCGUGGACGACGGCUCCCUGCCGGGCUGCGCCGUGCUGAAGCUGAGCGACGGCCGCAAGAGGAGCAUGUCCCUGUGGGUGGAGUUCAUCACGGCGUCCGGCUACCUGUCCGCCCGCAAGAUCCGCUCCCGCUUCCAGACCCUGGUGGCCCAGGCGGUGGACAAGUGCAGCUACCGGGACGUGGUGAAGAUGGUGGCCGACACCAGCGAGGUGAAGCUGAGGAUCAGAGACCGCUACGUGGUGCAGAUCACCCCGGCCUUCAAGUGCACCGGCAUCUGGCCCCGCAGCGCUGCCCACUGGCCCCUGCCGCACAUCCCCUGGCCCGGUCCUAACCGGGUGGCCGAGGUCAAGGCGGAGGGCUUCAACCUGCUCUCCAAGGAGUGCCAUACCCUGGCCGGCAAGCAGAGCUCGGCCGAGAGCGACGCCUGGGUGCUGCAGUUCGCCGAGGCCGAGAACCGGCUGCAGCUGGGGGGCUGCAGGAAGAAGUGCCUGUCGGUGCUCAAGACCCUGCGGGACCGGCACCUGGAGCUCCCCGGCCAGCCCCUCAACAACUACCACAUGAAGACUCUGGUCUCCUACGAGUGCGAGAAGCACCCCCGGGAGUCGGACUGGGACGAGUCGUGCCUGGGGGACCGGCUGAACGGCAUCCUCCUGCAGCUCAUCUCCUGCCUGCAGUGCCGCAGGUGCCCGCACUACUUCCUGCCCACCCUGGACCUCUUCCAGGGCAAGCCCCACUCCGCCCUGGAGAACGCGGCCAAACAGACGUGGAGGCUGGCCCGGGAGAUCCUCACCAACCCCAAGAGCCUGGAGAAGCUCUGAGAGGACUACCACCACCAUCAUCCACUACCUGGACAGCACCCCCAACCACAGGGGGCUCCACUGGAAUUAUCCAUCCGUUCUUCAUUCUAGAAGGAUGACGGGAGGAGCACUCCCAUUCUCCGCAUCUCUGUGACUGUGUGUCAGCUUGUCGUCGUUCUGUGCUCUGGUGACCUGUUCUAGAUUUUUUGGGGGAUACUGCAGGACUUGUUCUAGAUCUGCUCUGGAGAUGCCGGGGGAUCAGGUAGCUUUUCUUUAAUUUUGGAGGCAGAACUCAGAAGUUUACAUUUGCUCUUGUUCUCCUGACAUUCCGUGAAAAUACUUGAAAUGUUAUUUAAAAAAAAAAAAAUUAUUCAAAUGAAAUUUGUAUUAUUUUUUUUUUGGCUUUUAUGA